AUGGGCCCAGCCGAGAUCAUUAUCGUAACCACGAUUUCGAUCUUCUUCUGGGGUUUACCCGCUGUAUUGACUGCCCAUAUACUUUUCGUCAACGCUACUCACAAAUGGCCGCGUCUCAAGGCAGACAUACGCCUGUGGAGCCUUGCCAUUAUCGCCGCCUCGAUGCUCGCGCUGUGUUGGCCUAUUGCUCUGGUGUUGUUGUGUUUGAUAUCGCUUGGCUCAUGCGCAUUUGCCUCUCACUCCACGCGCCAUGGAGGAAGUCGGAAUGCCUGGCUUUCUCUCGCUUGGGUUCCCUUAGCCUGGGCACGCAUUAAAACAGGGUGUCGGCGCAGAAUGCACAAGACUGAGAAAGUCACGGUAGAGCAGAGGGCAGAUGUGGAAAACCAGAUCGCGAAUCAUCUCCAGUCGAAGACCCAACCCGAACCUGUCAGCACCGCGGAUGAACGUGAUACAGGCAAUUUCAACUACGAUUCGAGCCGUCCUGGCCCUCCUGUUGGAAUUAUGAACGGAACGGGAGUCGCACGGUACGCUCACCGAUCAUGCCAGACGAACCAGGAUGCAGCUCCUCCCACAUAUGAAAUGGCUUUGGAAGAAAGCGUAAACAGGGCUGCAAUCCCAAACGACCAACCUCCUCUACCCGCGUAUUCCGCCUGA